CGCCGUGUGAUAUUCGGAGGAACACAUCAUUAGAGGGCCACCUCUUCGUUAUAUACAUCUCCAUAAUCACACUUUAAGAAUAUUAAACACAUUUAGUUAUAAAUUAUUGAUGUACUAAACCUCGGCUCGGCACACAACUUGCUCAUUAAGUCACCAAAUACUUGUUAUAAAUAUAUGGCCAUCGUCGUGUCGAGUCCAUAAUAUAUGCAUCUCUGGUAUCUCAUAUCAUAUUUGUUGGUGAGAGAAAAUGGGAGCUCUUGAUUCUCUCUCGGACUAUAUCUCCGACUACUUCCACGUCUCCCAAAAAAGGAGGAAGCGUAAAGUCAUGCAGACGGUGAAUAUAAAGGUGAAAAUGGACUGCGACGGCUGCGAACGCAGAGUCAAAAACGCUGUAUCCUCCAUGAAAGGGGUGAAAUCCGUGGAGGUGAACAGAAAGAUACACAAAGUGACGGUGAGUGGUUACGUGGAACCCAAGAAGGUGUUAAAGAGAGUCGAAAGGACAGGGAAAAAGGCGGAGUUAUGGCCGUACGUUCCGUACAACGUGGUCGCAUAUCCAUAUGCAGUCGGAGCUUACGACAAAAAAGCUCCGGCAGGAUUUGUGAGGAAGUCUGAGCAGUCGCAGCCGUUGCCCGGAGCUCCAGACGAUAUGCUCAUGACCCUUUUCAGCGACGAGAACCCCAACGCUUGCACCGUUAUGUAAUAAAUUAGAAUCAUAAUUAUUUAUUAUUCACCGCAGUUUCGCACGUAGCGUUGUAUUAUUAAGUAAGUAGCCUGGCACUUUUAAUUUUUCCCCUUUUGGUAUGUGUCUUGUAUAGAGGAAGAAGUAUCUAUUGUAUUUAAAUUGAAGUUUUUAGCCUUUCAAAUUUUGUUUUAAGUUAAAUUUUCUAUACUAGGAAAAUACUACAUACUUGAGAGUUUAACUUGUUUUGUGGUGAGAGAUUAGUCAGAACUCAUUCACUCAGGGUUAGUGUUAUGAAUCGG